AUGGAAGAUGGUGAAGGCAUGCUCGAGAUUCACAGUCCUGUAUCACCUGUGGUCGAUAUCUGCUUCAUCCAUGGUCUGAGCGGCGGACGUGUAUCCACGUGGUCGAAGGACGGUGUCUUCUGGCCAGCUCAACUCCUAUCAAAAGACAUCAAUGAUGCUCGGAUCCUCUCGUGGGGCUACAAUGCUGAUGUCUCGAGCUUUUGGAAUCCAGAGUCCAGUAACAAAAUAGAAGACCACGCCCGGCUAUUGGCCACAGAGCUGCGAAGCCAGAGAUCAACGCCAGAGUCGACGAAACGUCCAAUCAUAUUCGUGACCCAUAGCCUUGGUGGGAUCGUGUGUGCAUAUCUAAACAAGGAGUCUGCACCACUCAUGAUUGUGGGAACCCUCUUCCCAGGUUGGUUGAGGGCACGUAAAGAGGAUCCUGAGACUGAAGUUCAUGUGAUGUGUUUCUUCGAAGAGCGCGCCACUCACAUAGGCAAGAUUGUCGAGAAGACUUCGGCUUGUAUUGAAGGGUUUGAACAGCUCAGCCUUAGCGACGAUCACAUCGGAAUGUGCAAAUUCUCCAGGGAAGACGACAACAACUAUCAGAGAGUCAUGAAUGAACUCAGACGCUGGGUUGAAGCCAUCAAGGCCAAAGGUGAAAAGCACGUUAAAGACGUAAGACAGAUUAUACCAAAUAUCCAGACCCUUUCGCUGACAUCCCGAUAG